AUGAGUGACAUAUCAGACUCCGAGCUAGAGGCUACCCAAGCUACUCAAGAGAUGCUCGACCCUCGCCGGCUUGGGGAGCAACACACGGGCUUUUCUGACCAGGACCUAGCUGAUAUCAUAUGCAUCCUUAUCCCGUACACCGAUGGUGCAAGGAAAGUGGUGAGAAGGAUGGUCGAUGUCGCCCCCGCAUUCGUCAUGGGGCGGAAUGAUACAAACCGAAUCCAUAUGGACUUCGGCAACGACGAUGAGUACACGUUCACACUUGCGCCUACAGACCCUUCGGAACAUCACCUCGCCUUUCGUUUUUCGUCCGAGCUCAAAAACCCUCGCGAUGGCUUCGUUUUGGGUCGAGAUUCCGAGUGUGAUGUCAUGGUCGGCCAUAAAGACACAACCAUCAGCAGGAAGCAUUUCAAGAUUUACUUCAACGAGCAUGGCAGCUUGAUGAUUGAAGAUCUGUCAUUUAUAGGCACAUUAGUAAACGGGCAAUGGUUACGUUCAGGAAGAAGAACUCAGGCGAACCCAAAACCCAAAGCGAACCCAGAACCCAAAAUGUGGACACUAGGGAGCGGAUCGGUGAUAAAGAUUCUCAAUAGCAAGGCAGCGACGAAUGAAGAGGAAAAGCGCAAGAACGACAUUGUCUUUCUGGUUAGGGUUCCGAACCGCCAUGGUAGGCACGCCGAGGCCUAUCGAGAAAACCUAAUCAAAUACUUGUUGCAACGAACGGAGGUGGAUGUAAACAAGACGAUCGUGCCUGGACCAGGGGGGCGGGUUGACCUUUUCAGAGACUCUCCGCAGGAGUUCGCAGUCCGCGCUCCUGUGAUUGCCACGCGUCAGCUGUCACCAUUACCCAUGCUUGGAUCUAACGGCGUGAGUACUUGGAAGGGGUCUGAUAAGUACAACUUCAAAGGCAAAAUCGGGCAGGGUGCCUUCGCUACGGUGUAUAUGGUUACCGACAAAAUGAAUGGACGUCCGUAUGCGGCCAAAGAGCUCGAAAAACGGAGGUUCAUGAAAAAUGGAGUGCUUGACCAAAAGGUCGAGAAUGAGAUGAAGAUCAUGCAACGAGUAUCACAUCCGAAUAUCGUUCAGUUCAAGGAGCACCUGGAUCCUGAUGAUAAACACCUUUACAUAAUCAUGGAGUUUGUCGGUGUCGGUGACGGUGAUUUGGGAAAGUAUAUCGGCACAAACGGUCCCUUUUCCGAACCAGAUACCAAGACGAUAGCGAGGCAGUUGGUAGACGCUCUUGGGUAUCUGCAUGAUAUGAACAUUACUCACCGCGAUGUUAAGCCCGACAACAUCCUCAUUCAAUCCCGGUUCCCGCUAGUCGUCAAGCUCUCAGAUUUUGGGCUUUCUAAAAUGAUCGAUCACGAUGCAACAUUUCUUAGGACGUUCUGCGGUACCUUGCUCUACUGUGCGCCCGAAGUUUAUGCAGAGUUCGAAGAGUACGAUGAACUUUGCGAGCGAAAGACGCAUCGCAGCUACCCGCGCCAACCUCGCCGGAGCCAGAGAUACGAUCAUAACGUCGAUAUCUGGUCCUUGGGCGGUGUUCUGUACUUCGCCUUGACAACUCAGCCACCGUUCCCUGCCCGAAACGGUGUCGGUCACACUGAGUUCCUGCACCAGAUUAUGACAACUUUUCCCGACUUCGACCAGCUCAUCAAGGCGGAUCCCCCUGUUUCACUUGAGUGCCGCGAUUUCUUGAAGCAAAUGCUCAGUCGAAGACCCGAACAUCGACCAACGGCAAAGAUGUUGCUGAGCCAUGAAUGGAUCCGCACUCCCCACUAUUCUCCAAAUGUCGCACUGUCUUGCUCACAAACUGGCGGAGUAGACGAGCUGCUGGAAGCUGAAGCGUCUCAGCUGAGUUUAACAGACAGACCGGCAGCGACACCGGUACGAGAGGAGGAAGGAGAUGUCACCGUUGCGAGUGAUGACAACUUGCUUCCAAAAGAGCAUAUCAAUGACGCAGAGCAUGUCAGUGGCUCGGAGGAGGAUAAAGAGAACCACGCCUUCAGGCCGGCCACUCAGACCAAGCAUUUGUUUGGUGAGGUUGGCCAAUCGGCGCUGGGAAGCCAGGGGGAUGUGAUUGCAGAACGCAUAAAUCUGCCCGCCACGCCAAAAAGCGGAGGAACUUCCAAGCUGUUCAGGUCCAAAGCUGAGAUUCCAGAUAGUCAAGAUAAUUCUGAGGACGAGGGAGACAUUCUGGGUCAAGAUGUUCUAGCCGGGCAGUGGCCACAGAUACUUCUGGGUGAUUCACAGGACUAUUCUGCUUCGUCUGACCCGAACGCGCCAGUCGACGUGCCUCCCAAGGGUAAUUUGCAAAGCCUGGAGGGUGCUGCGAGCAUAAUGGGCCAACUCGAGAUGCAGUCCUGCCGUGGCUUUGUUACCCCAUCGGUUGGAGCUGACUCGAUGAGGAGCAAACGGAAAUCUUCCUUUGCAAUAAACACCAAUCCAAGGUCGUCGACUGACAAUGAGCCUGUUUCUAAGAAGCGCCGAUCUAACAGGGUCGGUGAUAUUCUGAACCGGGAGAUAGCACCCAUCGAGAACGAAGAUGAGUUACUCGUCCAGGUGCCCCCGAUCAAGACCUAUUCAGAAAAGGUCACAUCACCUAAUCCGGAACCACAACCCAAGUCAGCGUACUGGGACAGCCUGGACCCAUCUAGCAGUCAUUUAAACUAUCCUGAGAUGACAGUGGCACAAUGGAACGCCUUCCGUUUAGCGGCUGAGGACAGAAAUAAAAGAGAUAAGUCAAACGAAGAGUUUGCACCAGGCAAAAGCCCAUUAUGGGCUCUGGCGGAGAAAUAUUUUCCGCCCAUGAGCAAGAUCAAGACAGAUCUACCCCUUCUGUGGACUUUGGCAAAGGAGAGUGGGGUCGAGACAGGGACACUUAAACGAAGACCCAAGGAAAUUGCAGCGUGGGCCUACUUACGGUCGUCAGACGAGUCCAUACUACCUGGCAUUUCGAUUAGACUCAGCACGUCGAUAGUCACCUGGGGCAGUUCACCCGAGAACACCCAACGCUAUGAGAACAACGAAGGCUAUCCCGACAAGCCUGAAAAUAAGAUACCGGAAUGCGCGUUGAAGAUCAUGGUCUGGAGGGAAAAUAAUUUUGACCCCUCAAUCCGAUCUGUGCCCUGGACUCAAUACUGGGGUGAUAACAAGGACUUUUACUUUUACAUCGCCACUAAGGCCGCCGACGGAAUUUAUGUCAACGGCCGACCCUUACCUUCGAAUGAUCCCGGUGAACGAGAGAGCAGCUGCAAGAACUGGAUGCGACUAUACAACGGCGACAGGAUUAUCGUCUGGAAUGAUCCCAACGACGAUGGCACCCUCAACAAGAUCGAGUUCGUCUUUGAAUGCAGCUGGGGCGGCAGUCAAUUAAGCCGAGAGUCCUCCGUACACAGAACGCCAGAAUUGGUGAGCGAAGAGGUAGCUAAGAAGCUCGAUAAGAUGUGCGUCAAGGCCGAGAAGAGUAUCAAGAAGUUUUUACAGGUCCACGAGAUGUACCCGGAGGAUUCGACGGAUUGCGACGAGCGUAAGGCACGCAUCAAGUGGGAGCAAAGGUUGUCGCGAAACUUUGAGAGACAGGUUCAAGCGGCGAAGCAAGCCAGGUAUGGUGGAAGCUAUUCUUCAUUUAGUAGCUCUCAUUCCGGCUCGCGGCAGUCCUCGCGGCAGUCAUGGUCAGAUCUUCGCAUUUGA